AUGGCAGGCCUUGAAUGGCUUCGGUCAUAUAGAUCAAGGAAUCUGGAUUUAUCCUUGAAAAAACCAGAAUCCUGCAGCCUUGCUCGUGCCACCGCUUUUAACAAAGACACAGUUAAGAUGUUUUUUGAUAACUUAAAGAACGUUAUGGAACGCCACCCAUCUUUUGGAAAUGGCUGUAGAAUCUACAAUUUGGAUGAAACUGCUACUACAACCGUUCAGAAGCCGCUAAAAGUUAUAGCACCUAAAGGGCGCCAGAAUAUUUGUAAAAUAACUAGUGGAGAGAAGGGUACAUUAGUGACAACAUGUGCUAUUGUCUGUGCGUCUGGGCAAGCCUUACCUCCGGCGUUAGUUUUUCCAAGGAAGAACUUAAAGGAUUAUAUGAUGACUGGCGCCCCUAUUGGAUCCCUCGGACUUGCUAAUCCAACUUUAUUAAUCAUGGACAAUCACGAAUCCCAUUUAAGUAUUGAAGCUUUGGACAUGGCGAAACGUUCUGGAGUGACAAUCCUUACAUUACACCCCCACACAACAAGUAAAAUGCAACCUCUUGACGUGGGCUUAAUUGGUCCCUUCAAAGCCUAUUAUAAUAGUGCCGUAGAUUCAUGGUUAAUGAGAAAUCCCGGAAAACAGAUGACUAUAUACAAUAUAGCCGAGUGCGUAGGAUACGCAUAUGCAAAAUCAAUGACGCCAGUUAAUAUAACCUCUGCUUUUAAAAAAUGUGGUAUUUUCCCGUUCGACGCAGACGUUUUUAGCGAAAUUGACUUCAUGCCAUCUGCUGUUACUGAUAGAGACCAACCGGAAACGUCAUCUGCGAAAUUAAUGGCUGCACCUUCUGAACAAUUAAACGACAGAAAGAAUCUUGUUAGUCCAUCAUCAGAUAUUACCUGUGCUCAUAGUCCAAUACUGUUUGAGGAAAACCCUUCUGAAGAUGUUGGAGGUAAUAAUACUGGAAUCCGGAGUGCUGAAAGUCCAUCUUUAUUGGAAUCUACUACUCCUGAACACAUUAUGGCUCUUUUUGAAGCACAAAAUUCUCAAAGUCCAUCUUCAAUUAUGCACGAAGUUCUGAAAGAUACAGGCGACCGGACAUUUAAAUCACCUAAAGAAUUUAUGCUGUCCUUAAAAAGUGGACCACGAGCUGGACGUCGUAAGCCGAGAAAACUAGGAAAAAGCAUGAUUGCUACGGAUACGCCAGAAAAGAAUCAGAUAGCUGAAGAACGAAAAAAAACACGAGACAAGAAGUCUGCGGCAAGUGCAAUUAAACGACCUAUACUGCAAGACAAAAAUUUCGAAGAACCAAGGAAAAAGAAGAAAGCAAAGAAGGUUGUAAUUCCAUCAGAUCCUGAAACAAGUGAAGAGGAAAAUUUUGAGGUUAUAGAUUUGAGCGAGUCUGAUAUAAGUGGUAGAGAGGAUGAAGAUGAAGAUCUUGAUGCUGACAAUUUACCUAUGGUAAACGAAAACUUUCGAGAACUAGAAAGAAAGCCUAAAUGUAAUGAUUACGUAUUGGUAUCAUUCAAUACUAAAAAAGAUAAAAAUAUAUUAUGCUGCAGUAAUAACAGAAGUUUUGAACUCUGA